AUGCUGUGCACGGCGGCGGUGAUGGCGGGGAGCCUGGCGCUCACCACGGCCGUGGUGGCACACGCCUACUACCUCAAGCACCAGUUCUACCCCACCGUGGUUUAUCUCACCAAGUCCAGCCCCAGCAUGGCCGUUCUCUACAUCCAGGCCUUUGUGCUGGUUUUCCUACUGGGCAAAUUCAUGGGCAAGGUUUUCUUUGGGCAGCUGCGGGCGGCGGAGAUGGAGCACCUCCUGGAGCGCUCGUGGUACGCGGUGACGGAGACCUGCCUGGCCUUCACCGUUUUCAGGGACGACUUCAGCCCCCGCUUCGUCGCCCUCUUCACCCUCCUCCUCUUCCUCAAGUGCUUCCACUGGCUGGCUGAGGACCGGGUGGACUUCAUGGAGCGGAGCCCCAACAUCUCCUGGCUCUUCCACUUCCGUAUUGUGUCCCUCAUGUUCCUGCUGGGAAUCCUGGAUUUCCUCUUCGUCAGCCACGCGUACCACAGCAUCCUCACACGGGGAGCCUCCGUCCAGCUGGUUUUUGGCUUCGAGUACGCCAUCCUCAUGACCAUGGUCCUCACCAUCUUCAUCAAGUAUGUCCUGCACUCCAUCGACCUGCAGAACGAGAACCCCUGGGACAGCAAAGCCGUCUACAUGCUGUACACAGAGCUCUUCACGGGUUUCAUCAAAGUCCUCCUCUACAUGGCCUUCAUGACCAUCAUGAUCAAAGUGCACACCUUCCCCCUCUUCGCCAUCCGCCCCAUGUACCUGGCCAUGAGGCAGUUUAAGAAAGCCGUGACCGAUGCCAUCAUGUCCCGCCGCGCCAUCCGCAACAUGAACACGCUCUACCCCGACGCCACCCUGGAGGAGCUGCAGGCCGUGGACAACGUCUGCAUCAUCUGCCGCGAGGAGAUGGUGACGGGUGCCAAGCGCCUGCCCUGCAACCACAUCUUCCACACCAGCUGCCUGCGGUCGUGGUUCCAGCGGCAGCAGACGUGCCCCACGUGCCGCAUGGACGUGCUCCGUGCCUCCCUCCCCGCGCAGCCCCCCCCGGAGCCUCCCGAGCAGCCACAGCCCGCGCCUCAGACGCCGCCAGUGCCACAGCCCCCGAACUUCCCGCAGGGGAUGCUGCCGCCCUUUCCCCCGGGCAUGUUCCCCUUCUGGCCCCCCGUAGGACCCUUCCCUCCCACCCCCAACGGCUCCGAAAACCCCUCUCCGAGCCCUGCUGCCGCUUCAGCUCCCAGACCCGCUGACGCCUCCACCCUUCUCCUCCCGCCCCCGUGGCUGGCGAUGCCGUGGCCUCCGCUUUUCGGGUUCCCCCCGAUGCCGGUGCCCCCCGCGGGCUUUGCGGGGCUGACGGCGGAGGAGCUGCGGGCGCUGGAGGGCCACGAGCGGCAGCACGUGGAGGCCCGGCUGCGGUGCCUGCGGGACAUCCACACGCUGCUCGAUGCCGCCAUGCUGCAGAUCAACCAGUACCUGAGCGUGCUGGCCGCGCUGGGGUAGGGCCG